UGCGGUGGGGCGCGCCUUGGGAGGCAAGCGUCCUGGGGGAGGUCCAGCCCACAAGAGCUGGGAACUUGGAAAUGCAGGGUGGCGGUAACUUUCGUGGCGCAAAGAGAAAAAGAAAUUUGGAUCUGGAAUACCCAUCCUUUCCAGGAGAUGGUCCACUACAGCUCAGAAGAACAGGCCUCAGGACAGUGGGGGCAGCUGCUUCCCUCUCAGAAGCAUGGCUCAGGUGUGAAGAAGGAUUUCAGGAUACUUCUGGGAUUCCGUCAUUAGCAGCUGAAAAGAAGACUAUUACAGAAAAGCACCUUGAAUUAUUUGCUAGUCCCAAAAAAGAAACAGUUACAUCUAAGAGUACCAGUAGGCUUACGGAAAUAACUUGGAGUUCCAGUGGAAGUGAUGAAUCAGGUGAAGAUGAACUACAGUGUGUUGAUUGGGACAGUGACAGUGACAGGGAAGACACUAAUAAAUACAAUGAAUUUGAAGAUGGUGAGAGUGCUGUAGAAAUAUCAGACUCGGCUUCUCGUGAAAGCAGUCAUUCUUUGAAAAGUGAAGAGAGUGUUUCUGAGCUUCCUAAGACAAGUUCUACAGAAAUUUUGGAGUAUUCAUCAGAUAGUGAAAACAAAGAUGAUUCACAGAAUGUCCUGGUCACUGAUUCAGAGUCAUCUCACAAAUACUAUAUGGAUUUUGGAUCAGAUGGAAGACAAGUUAAGGAAACACCAAUAAACCUGAUGGUGAAAUCUACAGAUAACAUUUUGUAUACACCACAGAAACAGACAAAGUUUCCGAGGACUCCUGAAAAUUCAGCAAAGAAGCAGCUUUUAAGAGGUGGACUAGCAGAAAGACUAAAUGGACUACAGAAUCGAGAGAGAUCUGCCAUUUCUUUGUGGAGACAUCAAUGUGUUUCUUACCAAAAGACACUUUCAGGUAGCAGAUCUGGUAUAUUAACUGUGAAAAUUCUAGAGCUGCAUGAAGAAUGUACCAUCCAAGUUGCCAUGUGUGAGCAGUUAGGGGGUCCGCAGACUGACAGCCCUUCUCAGGGUGAGGCCCCUGGGCCUGGCCUGAAGGUUCUCUUCACCAAGGAGACUGCACACUAUCUCAGGGGGCAUCCACAAGAUGUCAUCCGUAUCUACCCUCCCUGGCAAAAGCUUAUUAUCCCCAGUGGAAGUUGCCCUGUUAUUUUGAAUACUUACUUUUGUCAGAAAAUUGUUGCCAAAGAAGAUUUGAAAACAACACAUGAAGUGCAUGGUUGGAACACACCCCUUCCAAGAAGAAACAUCACUUUGGCCCAGAUGUUUAGAUUUAAUCAUCUAACAAAUAAUUCACCUGAAAGCCAGGUUAUAAGUAGUAGUAAUCUUACCACCAUGAGGACGGACUGGACCCACAGGCAUGAAGAAGCAAAACAGCACUUUCCGUCUCAAGUAUCCCUGACAGAUUCUCUCCUGGAUACUGUAGAAAGCCAAGGAGCCGCCACAUGGUCAGGAGUUAGAGUCCCAGUGGUGGUGCAGAGAGUUUACUCUCUUCCCUGCAGGUGUCAGCCGGGAGGUACCUCAGCUGCUUCCCUCAUCUCAGACCCACCGAAAGUUCGAGUCUGCCUUCUCGUGCAAGAUGCCUAUGGAAUGUUCAGUGAAGUGCACUUGGAGGGUACCAUCUUUAAGGACAGACAGUUGGAAGGGAAGUCCUGCAGCCUAGCGGGAAUGAAAGUUCUACAGAAGGCCACCAGAGGAAGGACAGCGGGACUUUUCAGUUUGAUUGACACUCUGUGGCCUCCAUUGAUGCCUCUGAAAGCACCUGGCCACAGCCAGGUCUGUGAAGAGGUAAUCUCAUCAUUCAAGGAACUCUCCCUGGGUCACCACCAGAUGUGCCAGGUAAAAACUCAUCUUCCUCUUCCUAGCUUCUGUUAUAUCCUCACUGCUCAUCCAAAUCUUGGACAAAUUGAUAUAAUUGAAGAUCCCAUUUCUAAACUGUACCAGCCUCCAAUUCCUCGCUUAUUAAGAGAAAUUCUCCAGGCUGAUGAUCUUGGUACCCGUUGCAGUUUCUAUGCCAGAGUGAUUUAUCAAAGACCACUGCUAAACAGUUUGCUUCUUCUGGAGCAAAGGGAGAUUUGGUUGAUGGUGACUGAUGCCACCCUGCAAGCACAGGAUGAAAAUAACUCUGGCUUCCCCAAAACCCUGCCGAUCUGUGUGACCUCUUCAUGUGUGCUGGGCCAGGAAGUCCUGGAGAUGCUCACCGAAGCUGCCCCUCACUGCUUCUUCUUCAGAGAUGCUCUCCGAGACCAGGGUCGGAUUGUUUGUGUUGAACGCACUGCCCUCUUGCUUCCAAAGCCCAUUUUGGGUGUGGCUUCUGUGGCUUGCUCCUGUGAGCUGGCUGGCCCUGUCAAGCUUGAUGAACUGGAUUCUGUCACUCAGGUCAACUCCAUUUGCAGCAUUCAAGGCACUGUGGUCGGCGUGGAUGAGAGCACUGCUUUCUCAUGGCCCACAUGUGACCUGUGUGGCAACGAGAGGUUGGAGCAGAGUCCAGAAGACAGAGGCGCCUUUUCCUGUGCAGCCUGCUGCCGUGUGGUCACCUGCCCUCUUCUGAAAAGACACCUGCAGGUCUUUCUGGACUGCCCCUCACGACCCCAGUGCACAGUGAGGGUCAAGCUGAUGCAGAGCAGUAUCUCUUCACUCCUAAGGUUUGCCACCUGUGAGGAUGGGAGUUAUGAAGUGGAGAGUGUCAUUGGAAAGAAGGUGGGGUUGUUAAAUUGUUUUGUCCAGUCCAUAACCACGCACCCAACCAGCUGCAUUGGAUUGGAGGAAAUUGAGCUUCUGAGUGAAGAAAGAGCCUCCUGAGAUUACCAUGGGUUGUCAUAGGAAUCUGAAGAUUGCAGGGUGGCUGCAUGGGUGCUGAUGGUGAUUUUUGGUAGUUACUUGUUAACUAUGUGAAAAAUAAGUAUAUUUUAUGAUCUUGAAAUGGAACUUAAGAUUUCUCAGUGGCACAUGUUAAUAAAACGUUUUUGUAAAGCAUAAAUCAAAACACUUCUUCUACAGUUAUAUAUUAUUACCUUUCUGCAAACUCAGGAACAUAACAGUUGCUAAAACGUACAUAAGCUAGAGAUCUUCAUUUUGUAUUUAUCUUAGGCAAUAAUAUUAAUGUAGCAAAAAAAAAUUUGUUCAGUUGCAAUUUUAAAGUGUUUAAAUUUUACCAAAAUUCAACAUGUUUUUCUUACAGUAUUUGUUCUAACAGCCCCCCAAAGAACACACUGCAAAGCUUAAACCUUUGUCCUACAUUGCUAUAUUACUAUUCUGCAAUAAAUGUCCAACCUAAGCAU